GUGUGUGUGUGUGUGUGUGUGUGUGUGUGUGUGUGUGUGUGUGUGUGUGUGUGUGUGUGUUUGUGUGUCUUGGUUUAAGGCGGCAAGGCCACUGUUGUGGAGCCCCCCUGCAGAGCAGCAGCCUCUCUGAAGUCUGAGGAUCACAUCAGGCCGCAGCAGCCUUGGUCCCUCCCACAACCUGCACGCCAGCCACACAUUGGCUGAAACACGAGGAGAAGGGGUGGAGCCAUCUGGAUAUUUUAGACUGACAGUGGUUGAAAUGGAGCUCGUAAGAGUGUGUAUUCAAGAUGUCCUUCCAGCCUAAAUGCGAGUUGGCAUAGCUACUGGAGUGAACGUAAAUAGAGGAGGUGUGGUUAUGUAAUGCGGGGUGCCCUCAGGAAAGAUGCUGUUUACUUUGGUCCGUCUUAUCUCCUGGCCUUGCUGGUCCCAUUAAGAGGAUUUAUACUGGGAAAAGGAUGUAUACUGGCAAAAAGAUAAAUAUGGCAGAGAACUCUGAUCCAAACAUUGAUUCAGAGAUGGCAGAGUGCACCGAGGCCCCGGUUGCAAUGGAGGAGAGCGAUCAUGAAGCCCUCUCCUCUUCUGAUGAGCAGGACUCUGGCCCUGACUUUCCUCCUCCACCCCUGCACCACCACCACCACCAACAGCACACUGGGAACCAUGACUUUGAACAGCCGUUGAGUCCUUCGGAGGACUAUGAGCUGGAGAGCAUCAUGGGGGGCCACCACCUACCCCACCCCCCCCAGGAGGGGCACCAUGACCUCGCGGGCCCCCACCACGCCAUCGACCUCUGUGACGCAGACAGGGAAUGCGAGGGCCUGGAUCGUCCGCACACCCCGUCUUACCUGCGGCCCCCCGUGGCGGGCAGCUCAGACUCGGGCUCCAGCCCCGUGUUGUCGUACGACGGGGGGGCGGAGGACUAUGACUUGCCUUCCCCUAACUGCCCCUGCAGGCCAAAGAGCCCCUGGAACCGAUUUGACCCCUAUGAGUCUACUGAGGAUCAAGACAAAGAAUAUGUGGGUUUCGCCACUCUGCCAAACCAGGUGCACCGCAAAUCCGUCAAGAAGGGCUUUGACUUCACACUCAUGGUUGCAGGAGAGUCAGGCCUGGGUAAGUCUACCCUGGUCAACAGCCUCUUCCUCACAGACCUCUAUAAGGACAGGAGGCUGCUGAACGCCGAAGAGCGAAUCACGCAGACGGUAGAGAUAACCAAGCACACGGUGGACAUAGAGGAGAAAGGAGUCAAGCUGAAGCUCACUAUAGUGGACACUCCAGGCUUUGGGGACGCGGUGAACAACACAGAAUGCUGGAAGCCAGUGGCUGACUACAUUGACCAGCAGUUUGAGCAGUACUUCAGGGACGAGAGCGGCCUGAACCGCAAGAACAUCCAGGACAACCGGGUGCACUGCUGCCUGUAUUUUAUCUCACCAUUUGGACACGGUUUGCGGCCUCUGGAUGUGGAGUUCAUGAAAGCUCUGCAUGAAAAGGUCAACAUCGUCCCCGUCUUGGCCAAAGCCGACACGCUCACCCCCAUGGAGGUCCGGAGGAAGAAAAUCAAGAUCCGAGAGGAGAUUGAGCAGUACGGCAUCAAGAUCUACCAGUUCCCCGACUGUGACUCUGAUGAGGACGAGGACUUCAAGCAGCAGGACCAGGAGCUGAAAGACAGCAUCCCGUUUGCUGUGAUCGGCAGCAACACGGUGGUGGAGGCCAAGGGCAAGAGGGUGCGUGGGCGUCUGUACCCGUGGGGUAUCGUUGAAGUGGAGAACCAGUCCCACUGUGACUUCAUCAAGCUGCGCAACAUGCUGGUGCGCACACACAUGCAGGACCUGAAGGACGUGACGCGGGAGACCCACUACGAAAACUACCGGGCCCACUGCAUCCAGAGCAUGACCCGCAUGGUGGUGAAGGAGCGCAACCGCAACAAGCUGACCAGGGAGAGCGGCACGGACUUCCCCAUCCCACCGGCGGGCGGGGGGGUUGACGGCGAGACGGAGAAGCUCAUCCGAGAGAAGGACGAGGAGCUGCGGCGGAUGCAGGAGAUGCUGACCAAGAUACAGGAGCAGAUGCACACGCAGAGAGACGCCUACUAACCGGGACCACUUGAAGCUCCAGUUCCCUGUGUCUCCCAUCCAACCACGUUCGGGAGAGAAGACCUUCUCAACAACACAUUCAGGGACAAGGGACGUCUGUCCCUUGGUUCCAUUCAGCUGUCUCCCGUUUUCUUCCAUCCUCAACUCAUUGCAUCUGCAUAUCAGGGACCAGGUGAGGAGACACAGAGAGUAAGACACAUUCCAGCUCAGUGUAGUUAACACACACACACACACACACACACACACACACACACACACACACACACACACACACACACACACACACACACACACACACACACACACACACACACACACACAAUUUAAAAAUGAGACAAACAAAUCUUAAACUCAACAUAACAUUAUGUUGUGUGUUCUACAGGUCUGGUAACUUAAUAACACAUUUUCCCACUCACGGUGUGAAGUUUACAAAAGUAAAUGAACGGUGAACUGCAUAGUUAUUUUUAAGCAUGUUUUCCCCCUUGUUUGUUUUUUCAUUUGUCUAUGUCCAUGAGCAGAUUAUAAUGUAAUUUAAUUUUGUAUUAUAUAGUACCUUUUUAUGAUCAAAAUAAUGCAGUCAUCUUGGAUUUAUUUGAAUACACAAACUAUGUGGCCUGUGAUAGCCUGAUGUACGAAUGGAUAUUUCGUUUUCUUUUUUAUCUACAAUUUUUGUCUAAUUUAGACUUUGUUAUAGUUAAUUAUUAUUGUUUUAGUUUUAGUUAAUUAUUAUUAGUUAAUUAUUCCAUGUCUAUCUGUGACCCAAAAGUGAUCUUUAUUUGGUUUUGGCUUUACACUUUUUAAGACAUGGCCCAUUUUUGUUGUUUAUUUUUGCCUGUGAGGGUGGGUCACAUCAUCUGCUAUCAAGACAACUAAUUAUAUGAAUUGUUUUGGAAGAUAUUUUAUUUAAGGGAAGACAUGCGAUCAUAAAAACAAACAAACAUUACCCUUUAUCUCAAGGUAAUAAUUGUCAUUAUUGGCACACACACAUGAAACAAUAAAUUCAUUAUAUAUAUAUAUAUAUAUAUAUAUAUAUAUAUAUAUAUAUAUAUGCACACACAAACACCUUAUAUUUUCAUACAUACCAAUGUUAUAAGGUUAUGUUUUGUGCCAAAGCAAGCAAUGGAUGUUAAUUGUUAGUAUUGAUAGUCAAUUUCCAGCCCCUUGUUCACAAUGUAUGUAUGUGUAAAAACAAAUUUUUCAUUAUUGGUAUGGCUGCCCUUGUUUGGUUUCUUGUGGAGGGCUAAUUUUAUUUUGUGUACACAUUUCCCAACACAACCUAAAUGACUAUCAAAUAGAGAAAGUAAGACUUUGUUUCCUAUUUUUAAAUAUUUUGCUUCUAUCACUACUUUUUUGGAAUAUAUUUAUGUAAUAUAUAACUUUAUAUGUGGGGUGGAUGGAGAGGGUGUUAUCUAAGUUCUAAUAUUCUAAUUUUUAACAAGGAAUAUAAUUUCAUGUCUUUAAUAAGUCAGGCAAUGUGGCACCCAUACAUUGAGUGAUUAUAUUGUGUGUGUAUAUAGGCAAACAGGCGAAUGGCACACCCCAUAAUUUUUAUACAAACACAUCCAUUGUUCCUAAUAAAGUUGGGGUAGUUUUGA